AUGUCUCCCUCAGCACUUCCGGCAACUUCAUCGUACAGCAUCGCCACAAUUCCCGCAGAUGGCAUCGGCCCUGAAGUCGUUGAAGCUGGAGUUGAAGUACUCAAAUCGUUGAGCCAAAAGCUGGGCACUUUCAAGCUGGACUUUGUGAACUACGAUUGGAGCAGUGAAACCUACAAGAAGACAGGCAAAUACAUCCCCGAUGGUGGCUUGGAGCAAUUGAAGAAACACGAUGCUAUUCUCUUCGGAGCUGUCGGUGCUCCCGACGUGCCUGACCACAUCUCUCUUUGGGGAUUGAGACUCGCCAUCUUCCAGCCAUUCCAGCAGUUCGCCAACGUACGCCCUACACGCAUCUUCCGUGGUACCCAGUCACCUCUUCGCAAUGCGUCGACUGGUGAUCUCGAUUGGGUCAUCGUUCGCGAGAACAGCGAAGGUGAAUACGCCGGACAGGGUGGACGUUCCCAUCGUGGCAAGCCUUGGGAGGUCGCGACCGAGACUUCUAUUUUCAGCAGACACGGUGUCGAGCGCAUCAUUCGCUUUGCCUUUGAGACGGCUCAGAAGCGCCCACGCAAGCUAUUGACCGUCGUGACCAAGAGUAACGCUCAGAGAAACGGCAUGGUCAUGUGGGAUGAGGUCGCCCAUGAGGUCGCACAAGAAUUCCCUGAUGUUACCGUCGACAAGAUGCUCGUAGACGCGAUGACUGUUCGCAUGGUCAUGAAGCCCGAGUCAUUGGAUACUAUCGUCGCCACUAACUUGCACGCCGAUAUCCUUUCUGAUCUCGCAGCCGCACUUGCCGGUUCCAUUGGUAUUGCUCCAACCUCAAACUUGGAUCCCACCCGCGAGAAUCCCAGUAUGUUCGAGCCAAUUCACGGUUCUGCUUUUGAUAUCACAGGCAUGGGUAUUUCCAAUCCUGUUGCGACGUUCUGGACUGCCGCUGAGAUGCUCGACUGGAUUGGUGAGGCCGAGGCAGCGAAGUAUCUGCUCGACGCAGUUGAGAAAGUAUGCGAGAAGGGCAUCGUGACUGCGGAUCUUGGUGGCAAGGCAAACACCAAGGAAGUUACUGCUGCAGUCUGCGAAGAGAUCCAAAACAUCGUUAGCAAGAAGGUUCAGGCGUGAAAACUCAGCAUGUAUUGCAGCUU